AUACCACUCACCCCACCAUCAAAGACAGCCUCGUGCUACACGCAUCGCCACGCCUUAGCCAUGUCGCUCCGUACGGGUACGCGCUCACUGAGACGAGGGAGUCUCCUUUCCACUGCCAGAGCGGCCGCAUCUCUCCCACCACAGCCUUCGCGAUGCGCUUCCACCUCGUCCCCCGCCUCCCCACUCGAGCCCGAAGCUCGCACUCAGCGAACCAACCCCGCUCCAGGGCCCCCCAAGCCGAAUAGCCCCUUCACCAUCUUUGACCGUCCUGCAAAGGUGAUGCAGCGCGAUCGAGCUGCCAGAAGAGGCGAGGCUAGCAGACAGACGGACUAUGUGCGGAAGGCCGCGGCUGAAAAUGUUGCCGAGAGGGUGCUGGAUAUCAAGCGGCAGUUCGAUACCAUUGUUGAAAUCGGGUCAGGACCAGGGUACCUGAGGCAGUUUCUAGACAAGGAAGGGACAGGGGUGAGAAAGAUCAUCAUGUGCGACACCAGUCGUGAGAUGCUCUACCGAGACGAGCACCUUGAUGGCGAGUAUCCCUUCGAGAUUGAGCGGAGACUCAUCGAUGAAGAGGAGCUGCCCUUCGAGCCAAAUUCGCUCGAGUGCGUCGUCUCUUCUGGAGCUCUGCACUGGACCAAUGAUUUGCCUGGCGCACUGGUACAGAUUCAGCGGUCCCUCAAGCCAGAUGGCUGCUUCGUAGGAUCCAUGUACGGAGGCGACACUCUCUUCGAGCUGCGCACCAGCAUGCAACUGGCAGAACAGGAGCGGGAAGGCGGCAUCUCACCAAGAGUUUCGCCGAUGACAGAUACAAGAGAUUGUGCAUCUCUCUUGUCGAGAGCUGGCUUCAGCAUUCCGACUGUAGAUAUCGAUGAAAUCUCCGUCGCCUACCCGUCGAUGUAUGAGCUCAUUCACGACCUGAGAGACAUGGGGGAGAGUAAUGCGGUUAUCAAUCGCAGGCCGCUGCUACUAAGAGAUACUCUGCUUGCGGCAGGAGCCAUCUAUCAAGCUCUGCAUGGAGAGGAAGGCGUGCCGCAACCAGACGGCUCAGGCGGAUCCAUUCCUGCGACCUUCGGUAUGAUCUUCCUCAUUGGGUGGAAGCCAGACCCUUCACAGGCCAAGCCCUUGGAGAGGGGCAGUGCCUCGCACAGCAUGAAGGAUAUUCUCGGUGAAGGUGAGAAUCCCGACAGCCCAGAAGGACCACUACCUCAGGGUGGCGUACCCCCACCUCCUGGUGGGGGCAAGACGAGGUCUUUCUCCACUUCAGCUCGGAGUAGACAACAAGCCACCACCUCCAGCAGCAACAGCAGCCCUCUACCGGAAAAGGCUUGCUCCGCCUGCGGAACAGUCCAGCCCUUCGCUUCCGUCGUAUGCCCCAACACCUCCUGCUCUCAACUCCAACCCCUUCCCUCCGACCUGGACUUCUACACUCUCCUCGACCUCGACUUCUCCUCUGUCCCCCGCAAUGGAUGGGACGUGGAUGUACGAUCGCUCAAGAAUACCUGGAGGAAGAAACAGGCAGUCAGUCAUCCGGAUAGGAUGAGUGGGAGGAGUGAUAAGGAGAAGGUGAUCGCGCAGAGUCAGAGUGCGCUGAUUAACAAGGCGUUUGAGACGCUGAAUGACCCAUUGGCAAGGGCCAAUUAUCUCCUGGAGCGCUCCUCGCACUCUCCCGCCACGGAGUCAGACUCGCUCGAAGACCCAGCAUUACUGAUGACGGUCAUGGAGCUGCGUGAGUCUCUCGAGGAGGCAUCCACCGAGGAGGAAGUAGCGAGUGUAGCCGAAGAGAAUGCUCAGCACCUUGAGCAGUCUGUUCAGGCUCUAGGAGAGGCUUUUCAGGGCAGCGGUGCUGGUAGUGGUGGUGGUGGUGGUGGUGGUGGUGAAGGGCAGGGAGGUGAGUGGGACGUAGAGGCAGUGAGGAAAGAGGCUGUUGCGCUUAGGUAUUGGAGUAAUAUUGCCAAGGCGUGCAAGGAGUGGGAGAGGGGAAAGAGAGUCGAAGUGCAGCAUUGAUCCUCGUACAUUGUACCAAUGUCACCCUUUUACUUCACGUUCCAACUUGAUCGCCGCCUCCACCGGCCACAGUGUUCUCUUUGA